ACAAAAAAUUGCAACUCAUCUCACCAUAGAAACCACUUGAUAUCUAUUGAUACAUUUAUCCUUUUCUUGGUUAACAUUUAUUGUUGGAGAAAAUUGUUUAGUUUGUGCUGACAAUUAACUGAUUAACUUAUCAUGGAAAAUAUUAAAGGAAUAAUAUCUUCACUUAACAAGGAACCAUUUCGAAAGAAUUUAAAUUUGGUCACUUAUGAUAAUCUUCAGGGCGAUCAGCGAAUCCAGAUUCUUUUUGACAUUUUCCAUGCAAUCGAUGAGACUGUAAAUUCUGAUAUUCUUGAGAUUUCCGAAGGUGAAGAAGUGGUUAUGAAAAUAUUGGAAAUGCUUCGAAUCCUUAAAUACACACCACCAGCUAAUAUUGAACCGAGCUUGUUCCGGCAGAAUUUAAUUUCCGGUGAAAGAAAUACCUUUACUCAUAUCUUUGACUACCUGUUAAGUAAACUCGAUGAGCUCAAACAACGAGCCUACUUGGCACGAUUUCUGGUUAAAAUUGAAGUUUCACCGGACGUUGAAGGUGAUCAAGAUAUUGUUCAACUGUACGAACAGUAUGAACAAUUGAUAGAAAAUUUCAAAAUGGUUCAUAGUAGUAAUCAGAGUUUGAAAAAGUCUCUAAUCUCAAUUCAAGAGCUUCAACGAGAUAUUAAAUCUAUGGAAGAUGAAAAGGAGCAAAUUCAAGAAAAACUGAUAUCAGUUAAACGAAAGGUUGAUGUAAAUCAAGAUCCUACUUUUUUCCGUUUAGUUCAAACUCAUCGGGAAGAGAAGGAGAAAAAUGAAAAUCUCCUGAAACAAAUACGAUCCCAAGAUGUUGAAUUGGAAAUGAUUAAUGAUAAGAUGGGUAAGAUAAAGAAUCGCUUGAAAAUGGCUUUGGCUCAUCAUUCAAUGGGAAUUACACCUCAGGAUAUUUUGGAGAAACUCGAGGAAGAAGUUGAGGCCAAACGGCGAUUAGUGAAAGAGGUUUUACCAAUCGAAUGUGCCUCGAUCGAACGCUAUCUUGGUGACAUUGAAGAGCUUUCAUCUCAGCCCGAAGUGUUGCCCACUUUCGCCGAUAAGAUUAAAGCUAAAAUUCAAACACUAAAUCGAGAAAUAAACGAGAUGAUCGAAAAGAAAAUGUUGACCAAUGAUGAUACCGAAGAUGAAAAGUUGGCCUUGGUCCGUCAAAGCGCUUCACUUGUCGCCAAAAAACGAGCCAAUUUACAAGAGACCGUUAAAGAAGCCACUGGUCAGCUGGAAGAGAUAAACACUAAAUUAGAAGAGAAAAGAGUUUUGUUCGAUGGCGAGGAAAUACUCCAGGGGGAAGAUUUGAAACGAUACGUGACCGAUGUUCGAAACAAGGGAAACGUUUAUAAGCAGAAACGUCGCGAGUUGGCAGAGAUACGAACAGAAUCUGCUAUCUUAUCGAGAACCGAUGAAAUCCUUAGAGAGAAGUGGACACGAUUAGGUCAGAUCUUAUUGGCACUCGAAGAGCAAAGAGGAAUCGUGGGAUAUUUCACUUCUCAGAAUGAGGGUGAAAAACAACAAGAAGAAGAGGAAGAGGACGAACAAAACAUGGAAGAAUUGAGAACUAUAACCAACGAAUUAAAUGAAUCGAUAAACGUGAAAAAAGCUCAACUUGCUCCAUUGGUCAAAGAUCUUCGUCCACUUCGUCAACAAUGUCAAGACCUUCAAAUGGAUUUUGAUCGUAAAAAGGCCAAAUACGAUUCGUUGGCCGCUUCAUUGGAAACGAAUAUUGUUAAACUUGAAUCGGUGGUGAAAAAGUAUCGAAAUGAAUUCAAUUCACUUUCCUCGAGCAAAUUUACCCUCGAAAUGGAAUUGGAAGCUCUCAAUGUUGUCCAGUCGCUUGUUGAUCUCGAUCUUCGCUACUAUGUGGCCAAUAUUGUGGAAGAUAAAGAAAAGAGUUGGUUAGCCAAAUUAGAAAAGGAGAUAAUCAAUGAAGAGGAGGUUCGAAGUGAUCUAAGAACGCGAAUGAGAGAAUUACAAGAUAACGAGAACAAUGCUAAGAAACAAUCCAAAAUGUGGCAGGAUCUGAAAGAAUUGUUAAAAGUUAAGAAUGAGUGUUUUGAAAGGCGAAAAGAGACAAUUCAUCAUCAACCAUCACAAGGGAAAAAGGAUCAUCUUAUUUUAUAGAUUAUGACUAAUCAGUACGUGGAAAACCAUUUUGUGUAAUAAAUUUGAAGAAAGAAAAAAAUAGAUCCGAAAGAUAAUGAUAAUUUGCUGAGAGAUAAUCCAGAUCAUCUUUCCGUUGCAAGUGGUUGAUGUUUGUG